ACUCUCGCGCAGUCACAGCGGACGGACGUGCGUGUGCGGUACGUAGUCCGUGUGUUCGCUCCGAAUGUUUUGGCGUUAGAAAAGCCACACCAAAAAGCCAACAGUGAGGAGGUAAUGCAAAGAAGCUGAAACGAUCCAGCGCAGCAAUAGAACAGCGUGCGGUGGCGCCGGCCAAAGCGGUGUGCAUUUCAAAUAGGGAAAGAAAAAGGAAUCGUGCUGCUUUUUUCCCCGUGCACUGCGACGCAGAGUAGUGUGCCCGGUGAGGGGGAGUCGCCGCCCCGGUUGUGUCUGUGAUUGCUGUGUGAAGGAUAGUGCAGUGUGCGUUAUUUAACAGUUUGGUGAUUUGGGCGAUUAGCGAAAAUCAUUGGUGCGAUAACGCCCCGUGCGUGUGUGUGUGCGUCUGCAAAGUGUCCAGCGAAGUGUGUGGGGGUAGUGUGGCAGGGCUGGUUGGCAGGGGUGGUAUCGUGGGCGGUGUAUGUGCGUUUGUUGAGUGGUUUAAUUGGCGUUCUGUGUGCGGCCACAGUGGUGCACACUCACACACCAACACAGAAGGUGAGCAGAGUUGAAUGAAAAGUGCAUCGAAUCAGUGCAGAAAAGUCUGCUCGGUGAAUAUGUGAAGUGCGUUUUCCUUCCGAGCCAUUUCUUCGCUGGAAGAGGCCCGUAUUCCGUUCUUGUGGGCUUCUUUGUUUAGGGUGUGCAGAGCAGAAGGAGUGCGAAAGAGAAGGAGUGUUGGUGUGUGAAACGAGAGCAAGCGAGCGAGAGCGAACGCGCAGACACACGCACACCGCAGGAGAGCAAGAGCACGAGCGAGAGAAGAAAAUAAAAAGGAGAAGAAGAAGGCAGAAAAACAACAUCAACAGCAGCCAACGACCGCGCUUGAACCCAUUGGACAAGGUUCUAGAGUUUGAAUAAGCCAACCCAUUCCUUGCCACCAUCAUCGUUCCCACCGACAACCGACAGAGGGUGCUGUACUGUCGUGCUCUUCUUCCAUCCCUGCCGUAUUACUGUCACUGCCUCACAAACCAACGAAACCAAAGUGGCCAAGCUACGACCGUCUGCCAUCACAAACACACUUUGCCAAUCUUCCUGAAAAGCUGGACAUCAUCACACGGGGUAACGAGUAGCAGGAUCGGUGCUCCAAAACACGUCACCGACCGACCGGUCGCCUGUAUUCGCACCCCAUUUGCCAUUAGUGUCGUAUCGUCGAGCGCCCACGCAGCAUCACGAAACUUCCCCCAACGUCAUUAUGGCGACCACGAUCGCUUCCAGAAGCGGGCGGCUGCUCGCCCUGCUGCUCAUACUGCCCGGUGCGUUCGUAGCGGUAGCACAAGCGGAACCGAUACUGAAGAUCCGCACGACUGAGUUUACCCGGUUUAACGAAGCUGUCGAAAUGCAAAGCUCAACGUCGUACAAUGCGCGCGGCAUGGCACCGCUGUACGAGAUCACCAAUCGCGUCAUCGAUCUGUUCGUCGACGAGAAUCCCAUCCCGGACGGUUACAUUACCGUGAAGGAAGGCGCGAUCGCACCCGGACCGAACGUUUCGGACAACAAUUGGGGCCCGCUGCUGAAGCAGUACUGGGCGAUCCUGCUGGUGGCGGCCCUGUGCAUCAUCAUGAUCGCGCUAAUGCCCAUCAUGGGACUCUGUCUGUGCUGCUGUCGGUGUUUCGGUGGCUGCGGCGGACGAUCGCAACCGUUCGACAAGAAACACGACACCUGCCGGCGGGCCAUUUUGGGCUUCCUGCUGAUCUGCUCCACCUCGGCUUUGGUAUUUGGCGUGGUGGUUGCGUUCGUCACGAACAGCUACAUGCAGCAUGGGGUGGAAAACAUUACCACUUCCGCCCGGCACGGUGUGCACGACACCCGCCUGUACCUGCAGACCACCUCGGCCCACAUCGACCACGUGCUGAACAAAAACUACCAGGAGCUGAACAACGAUCUGAAGCAGCUGCUGCACGACGCCUCGGACAACAUUAUCAAGCGGCUGGAGGAGGAAUCAAAGGCGGAAAAGCUGACGACGCUGUACGAGUUCGUGGAGAAGCUGCCCGGCAUCAAGGGCAGCCUGGAGAAGAUGAAGCAGCUUACCAGCGAGCUACGGAUCACUGCCUCGCAGCUGAACGAUGGACUGCGCGGUGUGAAGCGAGAACUGCUGACUUCGCUGAACAAGUGCGGCACGCAGGAGUGUAUUAAGGUGAUGGACGAUUACAAGAUCGGACGGUUAAAUGUGAACGGAAUCGACUACAACUCGAUACAAGACAGAUACUUCCCGAGGCUGCCCGAUCUCUCUCAAAUAAUAGAGAGUGUUAAGCAGCUAACGGACAGCAGCCUGGGCAGUGCCAUCCACCAGGGUGUCGACCAGAUGAACGAACUGAAGAGCACGCUGCGGCAGACUGUGCUGCAGAAUAUUCCGAAAGUGCAGGCCGCUUCGGACUCGACCGGGAAGGCCAUCAAGGACGUGUCGAACAUGCUGACCUCGCGGCUGAACAACGUGGCCGACACGCUCGGCAACAAUUCCUACAAGCACCUGGACACGGCGGACGAGUACAUCGAGCAGUACAGCAUCUACCGCUACUACGCCGGGCUGGGCAUUAGCUCCGUGCUGCUGCUGAUACUGAUGUGUCUGGUGUUUGGGCUGCUGUGCGGCAUCUGUGGCAAGCGGCCGGACGGCUACGGUGACGAUUGCUGCAACAAGGGUGCUGGUGGUCGCUUCUUGAUCUUCUCGGUUGCCAUCAUCUUCCUUACCUUCUCCGUCAUUUUGGCGGUCGCGUUGGCCUCCUUCCUGGUGGGCACGCUGACGCGCCGUGCCGCGUGCGACUCACUGCGCGACCCGGCCAACGAUCAGAUCAUCAACUAUCUCGACCAGUUCGUCGAUCUCAACCGGCUGUACGCGGAUCUGCGGGCGCAGGCAGAACGGUCGCGCACGAAGCUGCAGGUCAGCGAGCAGGUAGAACCGGUCCACAUCGGCGAGGUGAUUGUGGCCUGCCAGCAGAACGAAACGAUCUACAAGGUGCUGAAGCUGAACAACUUCAUCGACAUCCGUACGAUACGCGACUUCCCGGAACACUACGGCAUUACGCGCGAGCUGGCGGCGCUGAAGGAAAAGAUCAAGAUCCAGUCGGUGCAAAUCCUGACGCCGGAAGCGACGGAAGACAUCCGUGCGCUGCAGGAGUCGAAGCUGAACGAUUUCGAUGUGGAUAAGUUUACCGACAAUUUGACCUUCAACAUCACCGAGUACAACUUGAACGAGAUUGCCGACAAGCUGCGAGAGGUGGCAAAUCGUGUGCCAUCCGGCAAGGAAAUGAACGACAUCAAAGUGAACCUCAAAAACCAAGCGCUCCAUCUGUCUUCCUACCAGACCAACCUCGUCGAUCCGAUGAUUGCGUCUACCAACGAGCUGAUUAAGCUGUCCACCACGCUAGACACUAGCCUGAAGUUUGGCGAAAAGUCAUUCUCGGCGGCGAUCGAUAAGUUCCUGACCCAGAUCAAGGACGCCGAGGAGUACAUCAACAAGUAUGGCAAAACGUUCGUGCAGAACGUGACCGAGGAGCUGGUGUCCGGGUUUAACAACCAGAUCCAUUCGUACAUCACGCUCGUGAUCGAGUCGACCGAGGGCGACAUUGGGCUGUGCGGACCGGUGUACAACGUUUACGAAUCGGUCAUUGUAGCGUCGUGCAAUCGCAUCGUCGAUCCAUUCAAUGGAUUCUGGGCUGGCGUUGUGUGGUGUCUGCUACUGUUCCUGCCGUCGAUCAUUUUCGGCGUCAAGCUGUCGACGCUGUACCAAAAGUCGGAUCCUUACCCGGGCCCGAUGGUGGAAUCUGAGUAUCUGUAUGAUGCCUACACCGAGCGUGAUAACAUUCCUCUCGCGAGUGGUCCGAAAAACAAGCGCCGCAAGAAGCAGGACCGUCGCCGUGAGUCGCGCGAUCGCCGCGAGAUCUACUACGAAGAGGGCAGCCCUUCGCACAGCCGCGACCCGCGGUACAACGAUAUGGCUCCGAAUGUAGUGUCACAGAUCCCUUCAAUACUAACCCAUCGCGGCAGCGAUACGGCGGCCUCUUCGCUCCCGCCACCCCCGGUACUACUAACAACUUCCCAGCAGCAGCAGCAGCGCACUACACUGCACCAACGACACCACUCUACUCCCCUGCCACUGUCACUGCCAAUGUCGCUGUCUGCGCCGGACGAGUCGCUGGACGCAGAUCCACCACCACCAUCUGCACCCUACAGCGGGUAUCAGAACACCAGUCCCGCCUCGUUCCGGCGGUCUCAGCCCCGGCCGGAGUACGGUGGUGACUCACCGAACCGGAUGCUUAGCCGUUUGUUUAGCAAAAGCUUCUUCGACGACUUUCAAACGGCACUGGAGCAGGUCGAUCGUGUGCCUGCCGGUGGUCGUGGCUCGUCCGAUCUGCUAACGGUGACGGGUGUGCAAGAGCGUCGGCCGCACCAUAACGCCUUACUGCUGCAGCAGCAGCAGCAGCAGCAACACCAUCAACACCACCAUCAUCAUCAGCAUGUGCCACCACGGCCCGGGCAUGUUAGCCGAAGCAAUAGCAGUAGCGUUGGAUCGGUCCGAUCGAUGGCGCUCGUGCCGACGCGGACGCCUUCGCCGCUCGACUUCCGUACCAUGUCCUUCCGGCGGCCCCGUUCGCUGGCCAGUGAGGAGCAGAGCGGUGGCAAGCAGUCCGCAACCCGUACCGACAGUGGUUACGAGAAGUACUAGCGUGUCCUGCCCUGGAUUGGUGUGCGAGUAGUGUAGACAUAGCGAGAUUCGUCGGACAGCGGCAAAGGGACACGGUCCGUCGAUGCGGUUAGACCGUUGUGGCGAUGAUGGGCACCGUGGUGACAGGUUUUCCUACCGGAGCAUCAUCCUUGCUAUAUCUCUCGCUCUCCCACUCUCUCUUUCGCCUUACAAAGGGAACAAAACCGCUCGUGUAUGUUGUGGCCAUAGUCAUCUCAUUAUGUUUGUGCUGAUGUUGUUGUUGUUGUGUUGUCGUUUUGGUUUCCUCUAGGUCCACUCCUAUUCACCUGUUUACUGUAAUUUUCUACCUCGGUACGCUACACUCGUUUACUUGCUUGUUUGUUGUUCCCCCAAGUGUGUUUGUGUUAAUUUUCACGUUCCGACACAAUUCCCUUUAGAAGAGGACAUUUGGUAUUAGCGGCACUACGCUGUCGGUGAAAGUAAAGAGCACUUCUCUGCGUUACAUUCGAGCAGCGUUACAUGCUAAAGAAAAUACCCAGGUUGCAUUUUGACCAUACCUUUCCAGCCGACUAACUGGUGUUGGUUUUGUAAUAUUCUAGUUUGGCGGUUUUCAACCAAAAUAUUUAUACAAAACAUGUAGUUUUUCAUUAAGUGGAUUGAUUUCGAUGCUACGUUAGUAAUUUGAUUUAAGUCUGUAUGAAGCCAAAUUUUAUCAUUUUGGAUUGAUUUUUGAAUUUCAAUAAAAACAUCAUUUAUUUUGCCCUUAGCAAAUGAUUUGUCAAACAGUACAAUUAAUUUAAAGAGCUGUAUUUCGGGGACUAUUUGUAUAGUAACUUGCUAUUGUUGAAAAAAUCAAAUUUGUUUUUUAGUUCCGCUUCAAGACUCAUCGAAAUAUUACAGUAACGGAUACGAGAAGUAAACCGAAAUCGAAAAUAUCAACAAAAAAUUUGUUUUGAUGUUUACAAUUUGGAUGUCAUUACAGACUUUUCAUAUACGAUCUGAUAAAGUUGCCAUACUUUAUGGACUCUGUGUGACGUUGAGUGAUACUUGAUGUCUAUUUUUUGUUGGUAUUUGAAAAAAGUAUUUUUUUUUUCUAACGAUUUUUUUGCUUUCUUCUUUUAUGAAGAAAAAUAACUCAAAAACAUAAAUUUGUGUGUAAAAAUUUAAUUUUAGGUGCCCGAUAUCGUCCGCAUCAAAAGAACGUUUCCUAAGUGCAUUAUUUGCAUCAUUAUCACAUCUAAAUUUGAAUCCUUUCAUUGAGAGGUACGAAAAGCUUUCAUUUAAACUGGAGGUGUUAAAAACGAAUCUUUUUGGAGAUCAGCGUCUCAGUCUCGGUUCAUUCAAACACGUAUUCUGGAUCAUUUGAUCGGGUCAAUCAAUCAAUCGUUCGUUCUCUGCUAACCUGCCAGUUAAUGUCAAAUCUGCAGUAAAAGAGAAAGAGAACAGAUUUUACAGGGCUUUUCCAAGGAUUUUUGGUUGUUUCCAAAAACUUGUUUUGGAUGCUUCCCAUAGUUUUUUGGUGCUUGCGAACCGGUUCAUUCAUUUUUUCUCGUGAACAGAAUGAACCGCACGGUGCUGGUUCAUUUGACACACCUCUAGUACAAGACAAUCGCUAAAGUCGCAUCCAUACGAUUAGCGCAGAAGAGUCAGGGUGUUUGUUAAUUUUUGUAUGGAAUUGACACCUCGCACGCAUAUAUCUCCAUACAAUUGCACAUUGUGAACAAAUAUUCGUGUACACACGCCUUAAUAAUAGACAUUGGUGAUGGAAUCCAAAGCGUGAGUCAGAUCACAGCGGUGGGACCAUGCUUUCUCGUUUUUAUAUUAAGAAUCACAUACGUGUCAGAUGUGUCUGUUCUGCUAUCUGGGGAGAAAAGAAUGAUGAUCCGAAAUUGAUACCUGCUCACUUGCUCAUUUGGCGCAUUUGAUCAUUCGUCUCUGCGUCCCUCAGAGAACGGAUGAUCCGGAUCAUUCAAAAAUUGAUGCUUGUUUCACUCGCUCACUUUACAGAUCCGGAUCGUUUGAACGAAUCCGUAUCUGUUCAAUAUUUUUGAGCUUUUUGUCUUUUUUGGGCUUAUGGCAAUGUUCCUACUUCCGCAGUACAGUGAUACAUUGAAUAAAUGCUUAAACCAAUAUGCUGCUUGGGUGUUAGACCUACAGGCGUAACGCGUAACGCUAACGUAACGUAUAGUAAUGUUUUGUACUUUUAUCCUACUGUCACACUAGCUACACUAGCACAGUAACACUAGUAAGGGUUUCGUGGCACAAUCAGUGCUUUACCACCGCUGUACAUACACUUUCCUUCUUCUCACGGUGAUGUCUGGUAGACAAAUUGGGUGAUCAUUCAUUGAAUAAGAAGGCUUUCUCGGAUUUGUUCCUCAUUUUCUUAAUCACGCACAAAAUCGAACUGAAAAACUUCCAUUCCAACCCACACAUAUUUGGUUUUCUUCAUAUCUCACACAACCAAGAUGUUUGUGUAAAUGUCGUGAAAAACUGUAACGUUUGUACCAUGAUGUUAAUGUAUGUGUGUCUUUUUUCUUAUACAUUUCUUUAAAUAUUUGUCUUUUUCCCUUUUCUUUCCCUUCUUUCGGGAUAUAAUUCGAUUCUACCACUACGUUCCUCAACCGUCAUCAACGAUCCAUCGGUCCAAACGAUUCUGCUUCGCUCUGGUCUCGUUCACAAACACACCCAACCCUACACAAAUUCCCCUAAAACUAAACU